CUGCCCCUAUAUAGUUCCUAUAUAAACAUUCAUUCCGUUAGGUAGCAAAUUAGAUUGCCAGAAAAGAAAAUAGAGUAAUAAUGGGGAUGGGGAACAUUAAGCUUUUGUUGUUAGCGUUUUUUCUAAUAGUAAUUGUGGCGAAUGGUUGUUGGGAGGAAGAGAGAAAUGCUCUCUUGGAGCUGCAGGCAAACAUAAUGAGUUCUAAUGGCGAAUUGUUGGUUGAUUGGGAAGGUUAUAAUGCCAAUGGAUUUAUAGAUUGUUGUUUUUGGGAAAGUGUAAAAUGCAGCUUAGAAACAGGUCGAGUGAUCAAACUCAGUCUCGGAAGUGAAAGGUUUGGAUCAGGGGAUGAUUGGAGAUUUAAUGCCUCUCUAUUUCUUCCAUUCAAGUCCCUCCAAUUUCUUUUAUUGUCUAACAGAAAUAUUAUAGGGUGGACAAAAAAUGAAGGGUUCAGUAAACUAAGUCAGCUUCCUAACCUGAUAGAAGUCGAUUUGCAAUUCAAUCCGAUCCAUCCUAAAGUUUUACUAUCAUCUUUAUGUUCGAUUUCAUCUCUUGAGGUUCUAAAACUUGGUGCAGAUGCUGAUACCUCAUUCAGCAUACCGACGACAUAUAAUAGCAGGAUGAGUAAGAAAUGUGGAGGGCUAACCAAUUUAAGACAACUCUGGUUCGAAGGCUAUGGAAUCAGUGACAUCAAUACCCUUUUUGCAUUGGGUGGUGGUGCAAAUAGUGGACUGAGGAAUUUAGAGAAACUCAAUUUGAAUUAUAAUAACUUCAAUUCUACCAUCUUUUCAUCACUGAAGGUUUUUCCAUCUCUCAAGCAGUUGGAACUUGUCGACAAUAAAAUAAAUGGAAAUAUCAAAAUGAAUGACAUAAUUGCUUUGAGCAACUUGAAACAUCUGGAUCUCAGGGGAAACAAUAUAGAGAGAUUUGUGACUACCAAAGGUACACAAAUCAAUGCAGUUGCUCUAAUAUUGAAUGUUUUAUUUUAACCUUAAGAACAAAAUGCAAAUUUGAUCAGAUAAAGAUUAAUAAUGAAAUGUGGACUAGGAUUACACAUCUUUACAAACUUAUGAAUAAGAUCAAUCUAUUCAUUCUUAUGUAAAAACAUAUAUGAUUUAUUUAACAGGUAACAAAAGAAUAAGUUCUCUAUGG